AUGCGUUACGUGUGGAAUCUCGUGGCUAUUGCCAGCAUAGUGUCGGCUGCUUGCCCGUACAUGGACGGCGAGCCAGCACUGAAAGGCAGAUCAGAAGGCUCGAAUGAACAGUUUCUUGAUCAAUUCACGGUCGACGACUCUGAUUCCUAUCUUACAUCAGAUGUUGGAGGUCCGAUCUCGGAUGAUCACAGUCUCAAAGCUGGGGAGAGAGGUCCAACGCUUCUCGAAGAUUUCAUCUUCAGACAAAAGAUUCAGCAUUUCGAUCAUGAGCGUGUGCCAGAACGUGCUGUCCACGCUCGAGGAGCAGGUGCCCAUGGGACGUUCACUUCUUACGGAGAUUUCGGCAAUAUCACUGCUGCAUCAUUUCUAAACUCCACAGGGAAAGAAACGCCAGUCUUCAUCCGCUUUUCUACAGUGGCCGGAAGUAGGGGAAGUGCGGAUAGUGUAAGAGACGUGCACGGGUUCGCUGUCAGAUUCUACACCGAUGAGGGAAAUUUCGAUAUUGUUGGUAAUAACAUCCCGGUUUUCUUCAUUCAAGACGCCAUUCUGUUCCCGGACCUCAUCCAUGCCGUAAAACCAUCACCUGAAAAGGAAAUUCCGCAAGCCGCAACGGCUCAUGACAGUGCAUGGGACUUCUUUUCUCAACAGCCAAGUGCAUUGCAUACCCUCUUCUGGGCUAUGUCUGGUAAUGGCAUUCCGAGAUCUUACCGUCAUAUGGAUGGUUUUGGAAUCCACACUUUCAGAUUCGUUACUGCCUCGGGUACUUCACAAUUUGUGAAGUUCCAUUUUAAGACCAAGCAAGGAAAAGCAAGUUUGGUUUGGGAGGAGGCUCAAAUACUUGCCGGAAAGAAUGCGGAUUAUCAUCGUGAUGAUCUGUGGGAAGCUAUUGAAUCCGGCAAUGGGCCGGAGUGGGAAUUUGGAGUUCAGAUUUUUGAUGAGAAGACCGCUGAGAGUUUUCCAUUUGAUGUCUUAGAUCCAACCAAGAUCGUUCCAGAAGAGCUCGUUCCAUUUACUCCACUUGGAUUGUUGAAGUUGGACAGAAAUCCACGAAACUAUUUCGCCGAAACAGAGCAAGUCAUGUUCCAACCUGGUCACCUUGUUAGAGGUGUAGACUUCAGCGAAGAUCCACUUCUUCAAGGACGUAUCUACUCCUACCUAGACACCCAACUAAACCGUCACGGCGGCCCCAACUUCGAACAACUCCCCAUCAACCGUCCCCACGUCCCAGUCCACAACAACAACCGCGACGGCGCCGGCCAAAACUACAUCCACCUCAACACGGCCGCCUACUCCCCCAACACCCUCAACGCCGGCUCCCCCAAACAAGCCAACCAAACCGUCGGCAACGGCUUCUUCACCACCCCCGGCCGCACCGUGACCGGCAACCUCGUCCGCAAAACCUCUCCCACAUUCGCAGACGUCUGGUCGCAAACCCGUCUCUUCUACAACUCCCUCAUCCCCGUCGAGCAACAGUUCCUCAUCAACGCAAUCCGCUUCGAGACCGCCCAGCUCAAAUCCUCCAUCGUCAAAUCAAACGUCCUGAUCCAACUUAACCGCGUGAGUCAUGAUAUCGCCGUUCGUGUUGCUGCCGCCAUCGGUAUGACUGCUCCUGACGCGGACCCGAGCUUUUAUAAUGAUAAUAAAACGGCGUUUGUGUCUAUCUUCAACACCACGCUCCCAACCAUCGCGGGCUUCAAAAUCGCUGUCCUAGCGUCUGUGUCCAGCCCCGGUUCUUUGACUCAAGCCGCGGAAUUAGCCACCGCAUUCGCGCCCUCCAAAGUCACUGUCGCGGUCAUAGCCGAGCGUCUCGUGCCCGGCGUGAAUGCUACGUAUAGCGCUGCUGACGCCUCCACAUUCGACGGCGUUAUCGUCGCUUCCGGCGCGGAAUCACUAUUCGGAACAAACGCUACGGCAUCAACGUUCUUUCCUGCGGGACGCCCCGCGCAGAUCCUGGGGGAUGCGUAUCGAUGGGGGAAACCCGUGGGCGUGCUGGGAACUGCAAGUGGUGUGCUCGCUGCGGUGGGUGUGCCACGGGGAGAUGGAGUGUACGUUGGGGAUGGACAUGCCACCGGUUUUGUAAGCGGGUUUGAGGGAGGGCUGGGGGUUUUCAAGUUUGUGGGGAGGUUUGCUUUGGAUUCUUAG